AUGCACGUUCCUAGGCUUGAGGUGGAGGUCGUUGCUGGUCAUUCGGAGCGUCCCGAGGCAACCUCUCUGGUAUUGGGCCCGGAAGUUUGUCCCGCCGCAGCACGCGUCCCUCCCAAAGCAGAGGAGAGGCUGACAACGUCAUCUCCUCCACCCGGUGUGUCUGAGAGUAGAGGCCGGCCUGAUCACCCGACCCGCUUCUCUUGGGACCACUCGCCGGGUAGGCCGUCCCGUUUCCCCCAGGUUCCUACGCAGCACAGAGUACCUGUGGAGCGCCUGGGCGAGGAAGCGGAGGAAAGGGAGAGGGAGCGGCAAGCGACUAUGGAACUUCAAUACCGACUCAAGAAACUUGAGAUCGAGGCCGAGACUGCGCUGAAAAUGCGGCGGCUCGAGCUGGAGGCAGAAGGCCGUCUUCCUCUUAACCCUAGCCGGGUCGUUGCUGCUGUUGAGCCAGCCCACAGUCCAGUCCAACCUGUUGAUGAGGCCGCGGUGUUGGCUGAUGAAUUCGCCCUGACUCAUAGGACCACAUUUGGUACGGCGAAUAACCGGUCCUUUGUCUCAGAGCCAAUUCGUAGGUCUGCCAACACGCCACCCGUUCACAAAGAGCAACGAGAGUGUUUUUACUGUCACAAACCUGGACAUGUCAUCUCUAACUGUUUGGCUCUUAAGCGUAAAUCCAAUUAUUCUGCCACGGACUCGUUUGCUCAGUCCCAAGAUUGA